AUGGAAGGAGGGAGAAUAGGGCGGGGUGAUGGAAAGCGGGAGAAUUGGGCCCCAUUCUCCCGCUUUCCAUCACCCCGCCCCAUUCUCCCGCUUUCCAUCACCCCGCCCCAUUCUCCCGCUUUCUAUCACCCCGCUCCAUUCUCCCGCUUUCCAUCAACCCGCCCCAUUCUCCCGCUUUCUAUCACCCCGCCCCAUUCUCCCUCUUUCCUUCACCCCGCCCCAUUCUCCCGCUUCCCAUCACCCCGUCCCAUUCUCCCUCUUCCCAUCACCCCACCCCAUUCUCCCGCUUUCGAUCACCCCACCCCAUUCUCCCGCUUUUUAUCAUCCCGCCCCAUUCUCCCGCUUUCCUUCACCCCGCCCCAUUCCCUGGCUUCCCAUCACCCUGCCCCAUUCUCCCUCUUCCCAUCACCCCGCCCCAUUCUCCCGCUUUCCAUCACCCCGCCCCAUUCUCUCGCUUUCCAUCACCGCGCCCCAUUCUCCCCCAUCACCCCACCCCAUUCUCCUGCUUUCCAUCACCCCGCCCCAUUCUACCUCUUUCCAUCACCCUGCCCCAUUCUCCCGCUUUCCAUCACCCCGCCCCAUUCUCCCGCUUUCCAUCACCCCGCCCCAUUCUCCCUCUUUCCAUCAUCCCGGCCCUUUCUCUCGCUUUUCAUCACCCCGCCCCAUUCUCCCUCUUUCCAACACCCCGCCUUAUUCUCCCUCUUUCCAUCACCCCGCCCCAUUCUCCCGCUUUCCAUCACCCCGCCCCAUUCUCCCGCUUUCUUUCACCCCGCUCCAUUCUCCCGCUUUCCAUCACCUCGCCCCAUUCUCCCGCUUUCCAUUACCCCGCCCUAUUCUCCCGCUUUCCAUCAACCCGCCCAUUCUCCUGCUUUCCAUCACCCCGCGCCAUUCUCCUGCUUUCCAUCACCCCGCCCCAUUGUCCCUUUUUCCAUCACCCCGCCCCAUUCUCCCGCUUUCCACCACCCCGCUCCAUUCUCUUGCAUUCCAUCACCCCGCCCAAUUCUCCCUCUUUCCAUCACCCCUCCCCAUUCUCCCUCUUUCCAUCACCUCGCCCCAUUCUCCCGCUUUCCAUCACCCCACCCCAUUCUCCCGCUUUCCAUCAACCCGCCCUAUUCUUCCGCUUUCCUUCACCUCGCCCCAUUCCCCUGCAUCCCAUCACCCCGGCCCAUUCGCCCUCUUCCCAUCACCCCGCCUCAUUCUCCCGCUUUCCAUCACCCCGCCCCAUUCUCCUGCUUUCCAUCACCCCGCCCCAUUCUCCCGCAUUCCAUCACCCCGCCCAAUUCUGCCUCUUUCCAUCACCCCUCCCCAUUCUCCCUCUUUUUACCCCGCCCCAUUCUCCCGCUUUCCAUCACCCCGCCCCAUUCUCCCUCUUUUCAUCACCCCGCCCCAUUCUCCCGCUUUCCAUCACCCUGCCCUAUUCUCCCUUUUCCAUCACCCCGCCCCAUUCUCCCGCUUUCCAUCACCCCGUUCCAUUCUCCCGCUUCCCAUCACCCCACCCCAUUCUCCCGCUUUCCAUCACCCCGCCACAUUCUCCCACUUUCCAUCACCCCGCCCCCUUCUCUCUCCUUCCAUCACCCCACCCCAUUCUCUCCCCUUCCAUCACCCCGCCCCAUUCUCCCGCUUUUCAUCAGCCCGCCCCAUUCUCCCGUUUUCCAUCACCCCUCCCCUUUCUCCCGCUUUCCAUCUCCCCGCCCCAUUCUCCCGCUUCCCAUCACCCCGCCCCAUUCUCCCGCUUUCCAUCACCCCGCCCCAUUCUUCCGCGUCCCAUCAUCCCGCCCCAUUCUCCCGCUUUCCAUCACCCCUCCCCAUUCUCCCUCCUUCCAUCACCCCGCCCCAUUCUCUCGCUUUCCAUCACCCCGCCCCAUUCUCCCGCUUUCCAUCACCCCGCCCCAUUGUCCCGCUUUCCAUCACUUAGCCCCAUUCUCCCGCCUUCCAUCAUCCAGCCCCAUUCUCCCGCUUUCCAUCACCCCGCCCCAUUCUCCCGCUUUCCAUCACUCCGCCCCAUUCUCCCGCUUUCCAUCACCCCGACCCAUUCUCCCACUUUCCAUCACCCCGCCCCAUUCUCCCUCCUUCCAUCACCCCGCCUCAUUCUCCCUCCUUCCAUCACCCCGCCCCAUUCGCCCGCUUUCCAUCACCCGCCCCAUUCUCCCGCUUUCCAUCACCCAGCCCCAUUCUCCCGCUUUCCAUCACCCCACCCCAUUUUCCCGCUUUCCAUCACCCCGCCCCAUUCUCCCUCCUUCCAUCACCCCGCACCAUUCUCCCGCUUUCCAUCACCCCGCCCCAUUAUCCCGCUUUCCAUCACCCAGCCCCAUUCUCCCGCUUUCCAUCACCCCGCCCCAUUCUCCCGCUUUCCAUCACCCCACCCCAUUCUCCCUCCUUCCAUCACCCCGCCCCAUUCUCCCUCCUUCCAUCACCCCGCCCCAUUCUCCCGCUUUCCAUCACCCAGCCCCAUUCUCCCUCCUUCCAUCACCCUGCCCCAUUCUCCCUCCUUCCAUCACCCCGCCCCAUUCUCCCUCCUUCCAUCACUCCGCCCCAUUCUCCCUCCCUCCAUCACCCCGCCCCAUUUUCCCGCUUUCCAUAACCCCACCCCAUUCUCUCGCUUUCCAUCACCCCCCCCAUUCUCCCGCCUUCCAUCAUCCCGCCCCAUUCUCCCGCUUUCCAUCACCCCGCCCCAUUCUCCCGCUUUCCAUCACUCCGCCCCAUUCUCCCGCUUUCCAUCACCCCGACCCAUUCUCCCACUUUCCAUCACCCCGCCCCAUUCUCCCUCCUUCCAUCACCCCGCCUCAUUCUCCCUCCUUCCAUCACCCCGCCCCAUUCGCCCGCUUUCCAUCACCCGCCCCAUUCUCCCGCUUUCCAUCACCCAGCCCCAUUCUCCCGCUUUCCAUCACCCCGCCCCAUUUUCCCGCUUUCCAUCACCCCGCCCCAUUCUCCCUCCUUCCAUCACCCCGCCCCAUUCUCCCGCUUUCCAUCAUCCCGCCCCAUUAUCCCGCUUUCCAUCACCCAGCCCCAUUCUCCCUCCUUCCAUCACCCCGCCCCAUUCUCCCUCCUUCCAUCACCCCGCCCCAUUCUCCCGCUUUCCAUCACCCAGCCCCAUUCUCCCUCCUUCCAUCACCCUGCCCCAUUCUCCCUCCUUCCAUCACCCCGCCCCAUUCUCCCUCCUUCCAUCACUCCGCCCCAUUCUCCCUCCCUCCAUCACCCCGCCCCAUUUUCCCGCUUUCCAUAACCCCACCCCAUUCUCUCGCUUUCCAUCACCCCGUCAAAUUCUCCCGCUUUCUAUCACCCCGCCCCAUUCUCCCUCCUUCCAUCAACCCGCCCCAUUCUCCCGCUUUCCAUCACCCCGCCCCAUUGUCCCGCUUUCCAUCACUUAGCCCCAUUCUCCCGCCUUCCAUCAUCCCGCCCCAUUCUCCCGCUUUCCAUCACCCCGCCCCAUUCUCCCGCUUUCCAUCACUCCGCCCCAUUCUCCCGCUUUCCAUCACCCCGACCCAUUCUCCCACUUUCCAUCACCCCGCCCCAUUCUCCCUUCUUCCAUCACCCCACCUCAUUCUCCCUCCUUCCAUCACCCCGCCCCAUUCGCCCGCUUUCCAUCACCCGCCCCAUUCUCCCGCUUUCCAUCACCCAGCCCCAUUCUCCCGCUUUCCAUCACCCCGCCCCAUUUUCCCGCUUUCCAUCACCCCGCCCCAUUCUCCCUCCUUCCAUCACCCCGCCCCAUUCUCCCGCUUUCCAUCACCCCGCCCCAUUAUCCCGCUUUCCAUCACCCAGCCCCAUUCUCCCGCUUUCCAUCACCCCGCCCCAUUCUCCCGCUUUCCAUCACCCCACCCCAUACUCCCUCCUUCCAUCACCCCGCCCCAUUCUCCCUCCUUCCAUCACCCCGCCCCAUUCUCCCGCUUUCCAUCACGCAGCCCCAUUCUCCCUCCUUCCAUCACCCUGCCCCAUUCUCCCUCCUUCCAUCACCCCGCCCCAUUCUCCCUCCUUCCAUCACUCCGCCCCAUUCUCCCUCCUUCCAUCACCCCGCCCCAUUUUCCCGCUUUCCAUAACCCCACCCCAUUCUCUCGCUUUCCAUCACCCCGUCAAAUUCUCCCGCUUUCUAUCACCCCGCCCCAUUCUCCCUCCUUCCAUCACCCCGCCCCAUUCUCCCGAUUUCCAUCACCCCGCCCCAUUCUCUCGCUUUCCAUCACCCCGCCCCAUUCUCCCGCUUUCCAUCACCCCGCCCCAUUCUCCCGAUUUCCAUCACCCCGCCCCAUUCUCUCGCUUUCCAUCACCCCGCCCCAUUCUCCCGCUUUCCAUCAUCCCGCCCCAUUCUCCCUCCUUCCAUCACCCCGCCCUAUUCUUCCGCUUCCCAUCAUCCCGCCCCAUUCCCCCGCUUUCCAUCACCCCUCCCCAUGCUCCCUCCUUCCAUCACCCCGCCCCAUUCUCUCGCUUUCCAUCACCCCGCCCCAUUCUCCCGCUGUCCAUCACCCCGCCCCAUUCUCCCGCUUUCCAUCACUCUGCCCCAUUAUCCCUUCUUCCAUCACCCCGCCCCAUUCUCCCUCCUUCCAUCACCCCGCCCCAUUCUCCCGCUUUCCAUCACCCCGCCUCAUUCUCCCGCUUCCCAUAACCCCACCCCAUUCUCCCGCUUUUCAUCACCCCGCCACAUUCUCCCACUUUCCAUCAGCCCGCCCCAUUCUCUCUCCUUCCAUCACCCCGCCCCAUUCUCCCUCCUUCCAUCACCCUGCCCCAUUCUCCCGCUUUCCAUCAGCCUGCCCCAUUCUCCCGCUUACCAUCACCCCUCCCCUUUCUCCCGCUUUCCAUCUCCCCGCCCCAUUCUCCCGCUUUCCAUCACCCCGCCCCAUUCUCCCGCUUUCCAUCACCGCGCCCCAUUCUUCCGCUUCCCUUUUUCCAUCACCCCGCCCCAUUCUCCCGCUUUCCAUCACCCUGCCCCAUUUUCACUCUUUCCAUCACCCCGCUCCAUUCUCCCGCUUUCCAUCACCCCGCCCAAUUCUCCCUCUUUCCAUCACCCCUCCCCAUUCUCCCUCUUUCCAUCUCCCCGCCCCAUUCUCCCGCUUUCCAUCACCCCGCCCCAUUCUCCCUCUUUCCAUCACCCGGCCCCAUUCUCCCUCUUUCCAUCACCCCGCUCCAUUCUCCCGCUUUCCAUCACCCCACCCCAUUCUCCCGCUUUCCAUCACCCCGUCCCAUUCUCCCUCUUUCCAUCACCCCGCCCCAUUCGCCCGCUUUCCAUCAACCCGCCCCAUUCUUCCUCUUUCCAUCUCCCCGCCCCAUUCUCCCUCUUUCCAUCACCCCGCCCCAUUCUCCCGAUUUCCGUCACCCCGCCCCAUUCUCCCUCUUUCCAUCACCCCGCCCCAUUCUCCCGAUUUCCGUCACCCCGCCCCAUUCUCCCUCUUUCCAUCACCCCGCCCCAUUCUUCCUCUUUCCAUCACCCGGCCCCAUUCUCCCUCUUUCCAUCACCCCGCCCCAUUCUCCCGCUUUCCAUCACCCCGCCCCUUUCUCCCGCUUUCCAUCACCCCCCCGCCCCAUUCUCUCUCCUUCCAUCACCCCGCCCCAUUCUCCCUCCUUCCAUCACCCUGCCCCAUUCUCCCGCUUUCCAUCAGCCCGCCCCAUUCUCCCGCUUACCAUCACCCCUCCCCUUUCUCCCGCUUUCCAUCUCCCCGCCCCAUUCUCCCGCUUUCCAUCACCCCGCCCCAUUCUCCCGCUUUCCAUCACCGCGCCCCAUUCUUCCGCUUCCCUUUUUCCAUCACCCCGCCCCAUUCUCCCGCUUUCCAUCACCCUGCCCCAUUUUCACUCUUUCCAUCACCCCGCUCCAUUCUCCCGCUUUCCAUCACCCCGCCCAAUUCUCCCUCUUUCCAUCACCCCUCCCCAUUCUCCCUCUUUCCAUCUCCCCGCCCCAUUCUCCCGCUUUCCAUCACCCCGCCCCAUUCUCCCUCUUUCCAUCACCCGGCCCCAUUCUCCCUCUUUCCAUCACCCCGCUCCAUUCUCCCGCUUUCCAUCACCCCACCCCUUUCUCCCGCUUUCCAUCACCCCGUCCCAUUCUCCCUCUUUCCAUCACCCCGCCCUAUUCGCCCGCUUUCCAUCACCCCGCCCCAUUCUUCCUCUUUCCAUCUCCCCGCCCCAUUCUCCCUCUUUCCAUCACCCCACCCCAUUCUUCCUCUUUCCAUCUCCCCGCCCCAUUCUCCCUCUUUCCAUCACCCCGCCCCAUUCUCCCGAUUUCCGUCAUCCCUGCCCCAUUCUCCCUCUUUCCAUCACCCCGCCCCAUUCUCCCUCUUUCCAUCACCCCGACCCAUUCUCCCUCUUUCCAUCACCCCGCCCCAUUCUCCCUCUUUCCAUCACCCCGCCCCAUUCUCCCGCUUUCCAUCACCCCGCCCCAUUCUCCCGCUUUCCAUCACCCUGCCCCAUUCUCCCUCUUUCCAUCACCCCGCCCCAUUCUCCCGCUUUCCAUCACCCCGCCCCAUUCUCCCGCUUUCCAUCACCCCGCCCCAUUCUCCCUCUUUCCAUCACCCCGCCCCAUUCUCCCAAUUUCCGUCACCCCGCCCCAUUCUCCCUCUUUCCAUCACCCCGCCCCAUUCUCCCGAUUUCCGUCACCCCGCCCCAUUCUCCCUCUUUCCAUCACCCCGCCCCAUUCUCCCUCUUUCCAUCUCCCCGCCCCAUUCUCCCUCUUUCCAUCACCCUGCCCCAUUCUCCCUCUUUCCAUCACCCCGCCCCAUUCUCCCUCUUGCCAUCACCCCGCCCCAUUCUCCCGAUUUCCGUCACCUCGCCCCAUUCUCCCUCUUUCCAUCACCCCGCCCCAUUCUCCUGAUUUCCGUCAUCUUGCCCCAUUCUCCCUCUUUCCAUCACCCCGCCCCAUUCUCCCUCUUUCCAUCACCCCGACCCAUUCUCCCGCUUUCCAUCACCCCGCCCCAUUCUCCCUCUUUCCAUCACCCCGCCCCAUUCUCCCGCUUUCCAUCACCCCGCCCCAUUCUCCCGCUUUCCAUCACCCCGCCCCAUUCUCCCUCUUUCCAUCACCCCGCCCCGUUCUCCCGCUUUCCAUCACCCCGCCCCAUUCUCCCGCUUUCCAUCACCCCGCCCCAUUCUCCCGCUUUCCAUCACCCCGCCCCAUUCUCCCGCUUUCCAUCACCCCGCCCAAUUCUCCCUCUUUCCAUCACCCCUCCCCAUUCUCCCUCUUUCCAUCAUCACGCCCCAUUCUCCCGAUUUCCAUCACCCCGCCCCAUUCUCCCUCUUUCCAUUACCCCGCCCCAUUUUCCUGCUUUCCAUCACCCCGCCCCGUUCUCCCUCUUUCCAUCACCCCGCCCCAUUCUCCCGCUUUCUAUAACCCCACCCGAUUCUCCCACUUUCCAUCACCCUGCUCCAUUCUCCGCUUUCCAUCACCCCGCCCAAUUCUCCCGCUUUCCAUCACCCCUCUCCAUUCUCCCUCUUUCCAUCUCCCCGCCCCAUUCUCCCUCUUUCCAUCACCCCGUCCAACUCUCCCUCCUUCCGUCACCCCGCCCCAUUCUCCCUGUUUCCAUCACCUCGCCCCAUUCUCCCUCUUUCCAUCACCCCGCCCCAUUCUCCCUCUUUCCAUCACCUCGCCCCGUUCUCCCGCCUUUCAUCACCCCGCCCCAUUCCUCUCGCUUUCCAUCACCCCGCCCAAUUCUCCCCGCUUUCCAUCAACCCGCCCCGUUCUCCCGCUUUCCAUCACCCCUCCCCAUUCUCCCUCUUUCCAUCACCGCGCCCCAUUCUCCCGCUUUCCAUCACCCCGCCCGAUUCUCCCUCUUUCAUCACCCCGCCCCAUUCUCCCGCUUUCCAUCACCCCGCCCAAUUCUCCCGCUUUCCAUCACCCCGCCCCAUUCUCCCGCCUUCCAUCACCUCGCCCCAUUCUCCCUCUUUCCAUCACCCCGCCCCAUUCUCACGCUUUCCAUCACCCCGCCCCAAUCUCCCUCUUUCUAUCACCCCGCCCCACUCUCCCACUUUCCAUCACCCCGCCCCAUUCUCCCUCUAUCUAUCACCCCACCCCAUUCUCUCGCUUUCCAUCACCCCGCCUUAUUCUCCCGUUUUCCAUCACCCCGCCCCAUUCUCCCGCUUUCCAUCACCCCGCCCCAUUCUUCCGAUUUCCAUCACCCCGCCCCAUUCUCCCGCUUUCCAUCACCCCGGCCCAUUCUCCCGCUUUCCAUCACCCUGCCCCAUUCUCACUCUUUCCAUCACCCCGCCCCAUUCUCCCUCUUUCCAUCACCCCGCCCCAUUCUCCCUCUUUCCAUCACCCUGCCCCAUUCUCCCGCUUUCCACCACCCCGCUCCAUUCUCCCGCUUUCCAUCACCCCGCCCAAUUCUCCCGCUUUCCAUCACCACGCCCCAUUUUCCCUCUUUCCAUCACCCCGCCCCAUUCUCCCGCUUUCCAUCAUCCCGCCCCAUUCUCCCGCUUUCCAUCACCCCGCUCCAUUCUCCCGCUUUCCAUCACCCCGCCCAAUUCUCCCUCUUUCUAUCACCCCUCUCUAUUCUCCCUCUUUCCAUCACCCCGCCCCAUUCUCCCGCUUUCCAUCACCCCGCCCCAUUCUCCCUCUUUCCAUCACCCCGCCCCAUUCUCCCUCUUUCCAUCACCCCGCCCCAUUUUCCCGCUUUCCAUCACCCCGCCCCAUUCUCCCUCUUUCUAUCACCCCGCCCCAUUCUCCCGCAUUCCAUCACCCCGCCCCAUUCUCCCGCUUUCCAUCACCCCGCUCCAUUCUCCCGCUUUCCAUCACCCCGCCCAAUUCUCCCUCUUUCCAUCACCCCUCCCCAUUCUCCCUCUUUCCAUCAACCCGCCCCAUUCUCCCGCUUUCCAUCACCCCGCACCAUUCUCCCUCUUUCUAUCACCCCACCCCAUUCUCCUGCUUUCCAUCACCCCGCCCGCUUUCCAUCGCCCCGCUCCAUUCUCCCGAUUUCCAUCACCCCGCCCAAUUCUCCAUCUUUCCAUCACCCCUCCCCAUUCUCCCUCUUUCCAUCAAACCGCCCCAUUCUCCCGCUUUCCAUCACCCCGGCCCAUUCUCCCUCUUUCCAUCACCCCGCCCCAUUCUCUCGCUUUCCAUCACCCCGCCCCAUUCUCCCUCUUUCCAUCACCCCGCCCCAUUCUCCCGCUUUCCAUCACCCGCCCUAUUCUCCCGCUUUCCAUCACCCCGCCCCAUUCUCCCUCUUUCCAUCACCCCGCCCCAUUCUCGCGCUUUCCAUCACCCGACCCCAUUCACCCGAUUUGCAUCACCCCGCCCCAUUUUCCCGCCUUCCAUCACCCCGCCCCGUUCUCCCUCUUUCCAUCAUCCCGCCCCAUUCUCCCGCUUUCCAUCACCCCGUCCCAUUCUCCCUCUUUUCAUCACCCCGCCCCAUUCCCCCGCUUUCCAUCACCCCGCCCCAUUCUCCCGCUUUCCAUCACCUCGCCCUAUUUUCUCUCUUUUCAUCACCCCGCCCCAUUCUCCCGCUUUCCAUCACCCCGCCCCAUUCUCCCGCUUUCCAUCACCCCGCUCCAUUCUCCCGCUCUCCAUCAACCCGCCCAAUUCUCCCUCUUUCCAUCAUCCCUCCCCAUUCUCCCUCUUUCCAUCACCCCGCCCCAUUCUCCCGCUUUCCAUCACCCCGCUCCAUUCUGCCGCUUUCCAUCACCCCGCCCAAUUCUCCCUCUUUCCAUCACCCCUCCCCAUUCUCCCUCUUUCCAUCAACCCGCCUCAUUCUCCCGCUUUCCAUCGCCCCGCACCAUUCUCCCUCUUUCCAUCACCCCGCCCCAUUCUCUCGCUUUCCAUCACCCCGGCCCAUUCUCCCUCUUUCCAUCACCCCGCCCCAUUCUCCCGCUUUCCAUCACCCGCCCCAUUCUCCCGCUUUCCAUCACCCCGCCCCAUUCUCCCUCUUUCCAUCACCCCGCCCCAUUCUCCCGCUUUCCAUCACCCCACCCCAUUCACCCGAUUUGCAUCACCCCGCCCCAUUCUCCCGCCUUCCAUCACCCCACCCCAUUCUCCCUCUUUCCAUCAUCCCGCCCCAUUCUUACGCUUUCCAUCACCCCGUCCCAUUCUCCCUCUUUUCAUCACCCCGCCCCAUUCUCCCGCUUUCCAUCACACCACCCCAUUCUCCCGCUUUCCAUCACCUCGCCCUAUUUUCUCUCUUUUCAUCACCCCGCCCCAUUCUCCCGCUUUCCAUCACCCCGCCCCAUUCUCCCGCUUUCCAUCACCCCGCUCCAUUCUCCCGCUUUCCAUCAACCCGCCCAAUUCUCCCUCUUUCCAUCAUCCCUCCCCAUUCUCCCUCUUUCCAUCACCCCGCACCAUUCUCCCGCUUUCCAUCACCCCGCUCCAUUCUCCCGCUUUCCAUCACCCCGCCCAAUUCUCCCUCUUUCCAUCACCCCUCCCCAUUCUCCCUCUUUCCAUCAACCCGCCCCAUUCUCCCGCUUUCCAUCACCCCGCACCAUUCUCCCUCUUUCCAUCACCCCGCCCCAUUCUCUCGCUUUCCAUCACCCCGCCCCAUUCUCCCUCUUUCCAUCACCCCGCCCCAUUCUCCCUCUUUCCAUCACCCCGCACCAUUCUCCCUCUUUCCAUCACCUGGCCCCAUUCUCUCGCUUUCCAUCACCCCGCCCCAUUCUCCCUCUAUCCAUCACCCCGCCCCAUUCUCCCGCUUUCCAUCACCCCGCCCCAUUCUCCCGCUUUCCAUCACCCCACCCCAUUCUCUCGAUUUGCAUCACCCCGCCCCAUUCUCCCGCCUUCCAUCACCCCGCCCCAUUCUCCCUCUUUCCAUCACCCCGCCCCGUUCUCCUGCUUUCCAUCACCCCGCCCCAUUCUCCCUCUUUCUAUCACCCCGCCCCAUUCUCCCGCUUUCCAUCACCCCGCCCGCUUUCCAUCACCCCGCUCCAUUCUCCCGAUUUCCAUCACCCCGCCCAAUUCUCCCUCUUUCCAUCACCCCUCCCCAUUCUCCCUCUUUCCAUCAAACCGCCCCAUUCUCCCGCUUUCCAUCAGCCCGGCCCAUUCUCCCUCUUUCCAUCACCCCACCCCAUUCUCUCGCUUUCCAUCACCCCGCCCCAUUCUCCCUCUUUCCAUCACCUCGCCCCAUUCUCCCGCUUUCCAUCACCCGCCCCAUUCUCCCGCUUUCCAUCACCCCGCCCCAUUCUCCCUCUUUCCAUCACCCGGCCCCAUUCUCCGGCUUUCCAUCACCCCACCCCAUUCUCCCGAUUUGCAUCACCCCGCCCCAUUCUCCCGCCUUCCAUCAGCCCGCCCCAUUCUCCCUCUUUCCAUCACCCCGCCCCAUUCUCCCGCUUUCCAUCACCCGCCCCAUUCUCCCUCUUUCCAUCACCCCACCCCAUUCACCCGAUUUGCAUCACCCCGCCCCAUUCUCCCGCUUUCCAUCACCCCGCCCCAUUCUCCCUCUUUCCAUCAUCCCGCCCCAUUCUUACGCUUUCCAUCACCCCGUCCCAUUCUCCCUCUUUUCAUCACCCCGCCCCAUUCUCCCGCUUUCCAUCACACCACCCCAUUCUCCCGCUUUCCAUCACCUCGCCCUAUUUUCUCUCUUUUCAUCACCCCGCCCCAUUCUCCCGCUUUCCAUCACCCCGCCCCAUUCUCCCGCUUUCCAUCACCCCGCUCCAUUCUCCCGCUUUCCAUCAACCCGCCCAAUUCUCCCUCUUUCCAUCAUCCCUCCCCAUUCUCCCUCUUUCCAUCACCCCGCCCCAUUCUCCCGCUUUCCAUCACCCCGCUCCAUUCUCCCUCUUUCCAUCACCCCGCCCAAUUCUCCCUCUUUCCAUCACCCCUCCCCAUUCUCCCUCUUUCCAUCAACCCGCCCCAUUCUCCCGCUUUCCAUCACCCCGCACCAUUCUCCCUCUUUCCAUCACCCCGCCCCAUUCUCUCGCUUUCCAUCACCCCGUCCCAUUCUCCCUCUUUCCAUCACCCCGCCCCAUUCUCCCGCUCUCCAUCACUCGCCCCAUUCUCCCGCUUUCCAUCAUCCCGCCCCAUUCUCCCUCUAUCCAUCACCCCGCCCAAUUCUCCCUCUUUCCAUCAUCCCUCCCCAUUCUCCCUCUUUCCAUCACCCCGCCCCAUUCUCCCUCUUUCCAUCACCCCGCACCAUUCUCCCUCUUUCCAUCACCUGGCCCCAUUCUCUCGCUUUCCAUCACCCCGCCCCAUUCUCCCUCUAUCCAUCACCCCGCCCCAUUCUCCCGCUUUCCAUCACCCCGCCCCAUUCUCCCGCUUUCCAUCUCCCCACCCCAUUCUCUCGAUUUGCAUCACCCCGCCCCAUUCUCCCGCCUUCCAUCACCCCGCCCCAUUCUCCCUCUUUCCAUCACCCCGCCCCGUUCUCCUGCUUUCCAUCACCCCGCCCCAUUCUCCCUCUUUCUAUCACCCCGCCCCAUUCUCCCGCUUUCCAUCACCCCGCCCGCUUUCCAUCACCCCGCUCCAUUCUCCCGAUUUCCAUCACCCCGCCCAAUUCUCCCUCUUUCCAUCACCCCUCCCCAUUCUCCCUCUUUCCAUCAAACCGCCCCAUUCUCCCGCUUUCCAUCAGCCCGGCCCAUUCUCCCUCUUUCCAUCACCCCACCCCAUUCUCUCGCUUUCCAUCACCCCGCCCCAUUCUCCCUCUUUCCAUCACCUCGCCCCAUUCUCCCGCUUUCCAUCACCCGCCCCAUUCUCCCGCUUUCCAUCACCCCGCCCCAUUCUCCCUCUUUCCAUCACCCGGCCCCAUUCUCCGGCUUUCCAUCACCCCACCCCAUUCUCCCGAUUUGCAUCACCCCGCCCCAUUCUCCCGCCUUCCAUCAGCCCGCCCCAUUCUCCCUCUUUCCAUCACCCCGCCCCAUUCUCCCGCUUUCCAUCACCCGCCCCAUUCUCCCGCUUUCCAUCAUCCCGCCCCAUUCUCCCUUUAUCCAUCACCCCGCCCCAUUCUCCCGCCUUCCAUCACCUCGCCCCAUUCUCCCGCUUUCCAUCACCCCGCCCCAUUCUCCCGCUUUCCAUCACCCCACCCCAUUCUCUCGAUUUGCAUCACCCCGCCCCAUUCUCCCGCCUUCCAUCACCCCGCCCCAUUCUCCCUCUUUCCAUCACCCCGCCCCGUUCUCCUGCUUUCCAUCACCCCGCCCCAUUCUCCCUCUUUCCAUCACCCCACCCCAUUCUCUCGCUUUCCAUCACCCCGCCCCAUUCUCCCUCUUUCCAUCACCCCGCCCCAUUCUCCCGCUUUCCAUCACCCGCCCCAUUCUCUCGCUUUCCAUCACCCCGCCCCAUUCUCCCUCUUUCCAUCACCCCGCCCCAUUCUCCCGCUUUCCAUCACCCCACCCCAUUCUCCCGAUUUGCAUCACCCCGCCCCAUUCUCCCGCCUUCCAUCAGCCCGCCCCAUUCUCCCUCUUUCCAUCACCCCGCCCCAUUCUCCCGCUUUCCAUCACCCCGCCCCAUUCUCCCUCUUUCCAUCACCCCGCCCCAUUCUCCCGCUUUCCAUCACACCACCCCAUUCUCCCGCUUUCCAUCACCUCGCCCUUUUUUCUCUCUUUUCAUCACCCCGCCCCAUUCUCCCGCUUUCCAUCACCCCGCCCCAUUCUCCCGCUUUCCAUCACCCCGCUCCAUUCUCCCGCUUUCCAUCAACCCGCCCAAUUCUCCCUCUUUCCAUCAUCCCUCUCCAUUCUCCCUCUUUCCAUCACCCCGCCCCAUUCUCCCGCUUUCCAUCACCCCGCGCCAUUCUCCCGCUUUCCAUCACCCCGCCCGAUUCUCCCGCUUUCCAUCACCCCGCCCCAUUCUCCCUCUUUCCAUCACCUCGCCCCAUUCUCCUGCUUUCCAUCACCCCGCCCCAUUCUCCCGCUUUCAAUCACCCCACCCCAUUCUCUCGCUUUCCAUCACCCCGCCCCAUUCUCCCUCUUUCCAUCACCUCGCCCCAUUCUCCCGCUUUCCAUCACCCGCCCCAUUCUCCCGCUUUCCAUCACCCCGCCCCAUUCUCCCUCUUUCCAUCACCCGGCCCCAUUCUCCGGCUUUCCAUCACCCCACCCCAUUCUCCCGAUUUGCAUCACCCCACCCCAUUCUCCCGCCUUCCAUCAGCCCGCCCCAUUCUCCCUCUUUCCAUCACCCCGCCCCAUUCUCCCGCUUUCCAUCACCCGCCCCAUUCUCCCGCUUUCCAUCACCCCACCCCAUUCACCCGAUUUGCAUCACCCCGCCCCAUUCUCCCGCCUUCCAUCACCCCGCCCCAUUCUCCCUCUUUCCAUCAUCCCGCCCCAUUCUUACGCUUUCCAUCACCCCGUCCCAUUCUCCCUCUUUUCAUCACCCCGCCCCAUUCUCCCGCUUUCCAUCACACCACCCCAUUCUCCCGCUUUCCAUCACCUCGCCCUAUUUUCUCUCUUUUCAUCACCCCGCCCCAUUCUCCCGCUUUCCAUCACCCCGCCCCAUUCUCCCGCUUUCCAUCACCCCGCUCCAUUCUCCCGCUUUCCAUCAACCCGCCCAAUUCUCCCUCUUUCCAUCAUCCCUCCCCGUUCUCCCUCUUUCCAUCACCCCGCCCCAUUCUCCCGCUUUCCAUCACCCCGCUCCAUUCUCCCGCUUUCCAUCACCCCGCCCAAUUCUCCCUCUUUCCAUCACCCCUCCCCAUUCUCCCUCUUUCCAUCAACCCGCCCCAUUCUCCCGCUUUCCAUCACCCCGCACCAUUCUCCCUCUUUCCAUCACCCCGCCCCAUUCUCUCGCUUUCCAUCACCCCGCCCCAUUCUCCCUCUUUCCAUCACCCCGCCCCAUUCUCCCGCUUUCCAUCACCCGCCCCAUUCUCCCGCUUUCCAUCAUCCCGCCCCAUUCUCCCUCUAUCCAUCACCCCGCCCAAUUCUCCCUCUUUCCAUCAUCCCUCCCCAUUCUCCCUCUUUCCAUCACCCCGCCCCAUUCUCCCUCUUUCCAUCACCCCGCACCAUUCUCCCUCUUUCCAUCACCUGGCCCCAUUCUCUGGCUCUCCAUCACCCCGCCCCAUUCUCCCUCUAUCCAUCACCCCGCCCCAUUCUCCCGCUUUCCAUCACCCCGCCCCAUUCUCCCGCUUUCCAUCACCCCACCCCAUUCUCUCGAUUUGCAUCACCCCGCCCCAUUCUCCCGCCUUCCAUCACCCCGCCCCAUUCUCCCUCUUUCCAUCACCCCGUCCCGUUCUCCUGCUUUCCAUCACCCCGCCCCAUUCUCCCUCUUUCUAUCACCCCGCCCCAUUCUCCCGCUUUCCAUCACCCCGCCCGCUUUCCAUCACCCCGCUCCAUUCUCCCGAUUUCCAUCACCCCGCCCAAUUCUCCCUCUUUCCAUCACCCCUCCCCAUUCUCCCUCUUUCCAUCAAACCGCCCCAUUCUCCCGCUUUCCAUCAGCCCGGCCCAUUCUCCCUCUUUCCAUCACCCCACCCCAUUCUCUCGCUUUCCAUCACCCCGCCCCAUUCUCCCUCUUUCCAUCACCUCGCCCCAUUCUCCCGCUUUCCAUCACCCGCCCCAUUCUCCCGCUUUCCAUCACCCCGCCCCAUUCUCCCUCUUUCCAUCACCCGGCCCCAUUCUCCGGCUUUCCAUCACCCCACCCCAUUCUCCCGAUUUGCAUCACCCCGCCCCAUUCUCCCGCCUUCCAUCAGCCCGCCCCAUUCUCCCUCUUUCCAUCACCCCGCCCCAUUCUCCCGCUUUCCAUCACCCGCCCCAUUCUCCCGCUUUCCAUCAUCCCGCCCCAUUCUCCCUUUAUCCAUCACCCCGCCCCAUUCUCCCGCCUUCCAUCACCUCGCCCCAUUCUCCCGCUUUCCAUCACCCCGCCCCAUUCUCCCGCUUUCCAUCACCCCACCCCAUUCUCUCGAUUUGCAUCACCCCGCCCCAUUCUCCCGCCUUCCAUCACCCCGCCCCAUUCUCCCUCUUUCCAUCACCCCGCCCCGUUCUCCUGCUUUCCAUCACCCCGCCCCAUUCUCCCUCUUUCCAUCACCCCACCCCAUUCUCUCGCUUUCCAUCACCCCGCCCCAUUCUCCCUCUUUCCAUCACCCCGCCCCAUUCUCCCGCUUUCCAUCACCCGCCCCAUUCUCUCGCUUUCCAUCACCCCGCCCCAUUCUCCCUCUUUCCAUCACCCCGCCCCAUUCUCCCGCUUUCCAUCACCCCACCCCAUUCUCCCGAUUUGCAUCACCCCGCCCCAUUCUCCCGCCUUCCAUCAGCCCGCCCCAUUCUCCCUCUUUCCAUCACCCCGCCCCAUUCUCCCGCUUUCCAUCACCCCGCCCCAUUCUCCCUCUUUCCAUCACCCCGCCCCAUUCUCCCGCUUUCCAUCACACCACCCCAUUCUCCCGCUUUCCAUCACCUCGCCCUUUUUUCUCUCUUUUCAUCACCCCGCCCCAUUCUCCCGCUUUCCAUCACCCCGCCCCAUUCUCCCGCUUUCCAUCACCCCGCUCCAUUCUCCCGCUUUCCAUCAACCCGCCCAAUUCUCCCUCUUUCCAUCAUCCCUCCCCAUUCUCCCUCUUUCCAUCACCCCGCCCCAUUCUCCCGCUUUCCAUCACCCCGCGCCAUUCUCCCGCUUUCCAUCACCCCGCCCGAUUCUCCCGCUUUCCAUCACCCCGCCCCAUUCUCCCUCUUUCCAUCACCUCGCCCCAUUCUCCUGCUUUCCAUCACCCCGCCCCAUUCUCCCGCUUUCAAUCACCCGCCCCAUUCUCCCGCUUUCCAUCACCCUGCCCAUUCUCCCUCUUUCCAUCACCCCGCCCCAUUCUCCCUCUUUCCAUCACUCCGCCCCAUUCUCCCUCUAUCCAUCACCCCGCCCAAUUCUCCCGCUUUCCAUCACCUCGUCCCAUUCUCCCGCUUUCCAUCACCCGCCCCAUUCUCCCGCUUUCCAUCACCCCGCCCCAUUCUCCCGCUUUCCACCACCCCGCGCCAUGCUCCCGCUUUCCAUCACCCCGCUUCAUUCUCCCUCUUUCCAUCACCCUGCCCCAUUCUCCCGCUUUCCAUCACCCCGCCCCAUUCUCCCUCUUUCCAUCACUCCGCCCCAUUCUCCCUCUAUCCAUCACCCCGCCCAAUUCUCCCGCUUUCCAUCACCUCGUCCCAUUCUCCCGCUUUCCAUCACCCGCCCCAUUCUCCCGCUUUCCAUCACCCCGCCCCAUUCUCCCGCUUUCCACCACCCCGCGCCAUGCUCCCGCUUUCCAUCACCCCGCCCCAUUCUCCCUCUUUCCAUCACCCCGCCCCAUUCUCCCGCUUUCCAUCACCCCGCCCCAUUCUCCCUCUUUCCAUCACCCCGCCCCAUUCUCCCGCUUUCCAUCACUCCGCCCCAUUCUCCCGCUUUCCACCACCCCGCCCCAUUCUCCCGCUUUCCACCAGCCCGCCCCAUUCUCCCGCUUUCCAUCACCCCGCCCCAUUCUCCUGCUUUCCAUCACCCCGCCCCAUUCCCCCGCUUUCCAUCACCCCUCCCCAUUCUCCCUCGUUCCAUCACCCCGCUCCAUUCUCUCUCUUUCCAUCACCGCGCCCCAUUCUCCCGCUUUCCAUCACUCAGCCCCAUUCUCCCUCCUUCCAUCACCCUGCCCCAUUCUCCCGCUUUCCAUCACCCCGCCCCAUUCUCCCUCCUUCCAUCACCCCGCCCCAUUCUCCCUCAUUCCAUCACCCUGCCCCAUUCUCCCGCUUUCCAUCACCCCCCCCCAUUCUCCCGCUUCCCAUAACCCCACCCCAUUCUCCCGCUUUCCAUCACUCCGCCACAUUUUCCCACUUUCCAUCACCCCGCCCCCUUCUCUCUCCUUCCAUCACCCCGCCCCAUUCUCCCUCCUUCCAUCAACCCGCCCCAUUCUUCCGCUUUCUGUCACCCCGCCCCAUUUUCCUUCUUUCCAUCACCCCGCCCCAUUCUCCCGCUUUCCAUCACCCUGCCCCAAUCUCCCGCUUUCCAUCAUCCCACCCCAUUCUCCCUCCUUCCAUCACCCCGCCCCAUUCUCCCGCUUUCUAUCACCCCGCCCCAUUCUCCCGCUUUCCAUCACCCAGCCUCAUUCUCCCACUUUCCAUCACCCCGCCCCAUUCUCCCGCUUUCCAUCAUCCCGCCCCAUUCUCCUGCUUUCCAUCACCCCGCUGUUGGGCAUGGGAUAA